CAUCGUUGUUUGCCAACCGCCGACAAACCACAAAGAAGAAGACGAAGUACUGCGCGUGCACACAGCGGAAAGUAGACUUACGGAGGAACGAUUAUAGCCACAGUCAUCAUACUUGUUAUCUACGACGGGGACUUUUGUGUUUUUUUUCCCAAGUCGGCUAAGGCAAAUAUAUGUCACUGUGCUGAGCUUUCUUACUGCUACGUUUCUGUUUCUCAUGCGUGAUCGGAUAGAUACAGGCUCUCGUAGCUCGGAAAGCUUGGUCUCUCUCCUAGUCCAACUACAAAGCCGGCCUUCUCCGCUGGGGGAUCUUUAGUUCGGGUUAUUCUGAGAGGAGAUCCAGAGCGACUGGCAGGAGGCGAAGAGUCUGCUGGAGGAGCAGCUCAGCAGCUGUGGCAAAAGAAGGGAAAGUGUGCCGAAACCUCUCCAAAUUUAUGACCUCAACAAAAACCAACCAAUGCCAGCAAGUAAAGAUGAACGAGUUGUGAUCCGUGUGGAGAAGACUUUCAUCACUAUGAAGAAGGCCAGAAGACGCCAGCGCAUUGACAGUGGAGACAGAAGCUUCACGUGCGAUCAGUGUGGAAAGGCUUUUAUUCGUAAUAGCAGCUUAAAACAACAUAAGCUCAUCCACACUGGAGUUAAACCAUUCAGCUGUGAUCAAUGUGGAAUGUCUUUUUCUGACAAUAGCAACUUAAAAAGACAUCAGCUGGUCCACACUGGCAUUAAACCAUUCAGCUGUGAUCAGUGUGGACAGGCUUUCACACAUAAUAGCAAGUUAAAAAAACACCAGCUUCUCCACACUGGAUUAAAACCAUUCAGCUGUGAUCAGUGUGGAAAGACUUUCACUGUGAAUGGCAACUUAAAAAGACAUCAGCUUGUCCACACUGGCAUUAAACCAUUCAGCUGUGACCAGUGUGGAAUGGCUUUUACUCAGAAUGGCAGCUUAAAAAAACAUCAGCUCGCUCACACUGGAUUUAAACCAUUUAGCUGUGAUCAGUGUGGAAUGGCUUUUACUCAGAAUGGCAGCUUAAAAAAACAUCAGCUCGCUCACACUGGAUUUAAACCAUUUAGCUGUGAUCAGUGUGGAAAGACUUUCACUCAGAGUGGCAGCUUAAAAAAACAUCAGCUCAUCCACACUGGAUUAAAAGCAUUUAGCUGUGAUCAGUGUGGAAAGGCUUUUACUGAAAAUGGACACUUAAAAAGACAUAAGCUCAUCCACACUGGAUUAAAACCAUUUAGCUGUGAUCAGUGUGGAAAGGCUUUUACUGAAAAUGGCAACUUAAAACAACAUCAGCUCAUCCACACUGGAUUAAAAGCAAUUAGCUACAAUCAGUGUGAAAAGUCUUUUUCUCCGAGUAAUGGCUUAAAAGAACAUCACCUCGUCCAUUCUGCAGAUAAACCAUUCGUCUGUGCUCAGUGUGGAAAGUGUUUCACUGAGAAUGGCAAGUUAAAACAACAUCAGCUCGUCCACACUGGCAUUAAACCAUUCAGCUGCGAUCAGUGUGGAAGGACUUUCACUCAGAAUAGCAGCUUAAAAAAACAUCAACUCAUCCACACUGGAUUAAAACCAUUUAGCUGUGAUCAGUGUGGAAAGUCUUUUACUGAAAAUGGCAACUUAAAAAAACAUCAGCUCAUCCACACUGGAUUAAAACCAUUUAGCUGCGAUCUGUGUGGAAAGUCUUUUACUCAUAGUAACAGCUUAAAAGAACAUCAGCUCAUCCAUACUACAGAUAAACCAUUCACCUGUGAUCUGUGUGGAAAGUCUUUUACUCAUAGCAAAAGCUUAAAAGAUCAUCUUCUCAUCCACACUGGAAUUAAAUCAUUUGUCUGUGGUCAGUGUGGAAAGGCUUUUACUCAGAGUAAAAAUUUAAAAGAACAUCAGCUCAUCCACACUGGAAUUAAACCAUUCAGCUGUGAUCAGUGUGGAAAAUCUUUUACUCGGCGUAGAAACUUAAAAAAACAUCAUCUCCUCCACAUUGGAGUUAAACCAUUCACCUGUGAUCAGUGUGGAAAGUCUUUUAGCUGCAUGAGCUCCUUGAAAGAACAUCAGGCCAUCCACACUGGAGUUAAUUAAUAUUUAAGUGGUCAGUGCUGAAAUGCGGCCACUUUUAUGUAAACAUUUAAAAAAAUCAGAUUGUUCACACUGUAAUUGUAGCAUGUUUGAAUUGUGGAAAUUGUGAAAUUUGUGGAAAUUCUUUCAAAUUCAUGACAAAACUGGCAGACCAAUGUGACAUUACUCUGACAAAGUUCUUUUGGACAUCCUGGUCAAUCAUCUUAUGUUUGAAGAGGCUCUACUGAUUGCAGACUCCUAUAGCUGUCAUGGUACUGGGUCUUUGACCCAGUGCUUUUGGACAUUAGCAUUCCAUUUUAUUGAACAUUGUAAUAUUUAUUGUUUAUUUCUAUUUAUGUUCUUUUAAUUGUUUUUCUGCCUGAUGUAAUAUUUAUAAUUUCUAGACUUUAGGUUCUGUUAUCAUACCUCCCCUCUUUUUCACAUUCGGUGUUUUGUCAGCAGUGGCAUUCCUAGCCUGUUUGGUGCCCUGGGCAAACACCCCCUCUGUCCCACACCCACAGAUAACAUAUAUGUAUGUUUCAUGUGAAUAAUAUGUGAAUAUUAUGUGUAUAUAUGUGUAUUAAAGAUUGUACAUGCAUAUAAAACAUAUAAAACAUUCUACUGUAAAAACUU